AUGCUUGAGGAUCAAGAUGUUACAUCGCUUAGGCCAUACAAGUUAUCUCUUUGGUUCCUACACAAGGCUUUGAGGAUACAAUUUGAAGCAAAAUUUGAAAGGUUAAAAGAAGCUUUUGGAGGGAAAGAAAGAUUCAAGUCAUAUUUCAUCUCCAAGAUACAACUUCCACCACAGCUACAUCAAACUGCAUUGGAUGGGACACCGCAAAGAGUUCUUUCUACCCUUUUGCACUCAUUUUUUGACAGCAGACGUGGUGGAAUACCUUUCCAUCCCGCCUCUCUUCCAGUAUUAGGCCUAUCUGAAGGUGAUAAACAACGCAUACGUGACUGUAGCAGCAUAAUGGCCAGGCAUCUCUUUGCAGAUAAAAGCGGAGAAUUUAUCCAUGCCCAGGUAAAUGCUCUUCUGUCCUCUCUAGAUAUUGACAGCAACGUUCAUGACAAGGGACCUAUGCCUGAAAAAUUUAGGGAGCUUGAUGAUUAUUGGAACAAGUCUCAAGGCAAUGUAAUACAAGAUGCUCAUGCUGCAAUACUGGAUGAAAAAAAAACUAGAAGUCAUAAAGAGCAUGCAAAGUACACCACAGAUCUCACCACCGUAAAUCCCCGUAUUCUACUUUCAGGACCUGCAGGGUCAGAAAUAUAUCAGGAGAUGCUUGUAAAAGCACUUGCGAAAUACUUCAGUGCUAAAUUUCUCAUAUUCGAUAGCCAAUUGCUUUUGGGUGGUUUAUCUUCUAAGAAAGCUGAGCUUCUCAAAGAUGGAUUUACUGCCGAUAAAUCUUGCAGCUGCCCAGGCAAAACAAAAAGCUCAUUCUCAGGAAGAAACUCCUAA